AUGGGUUCGAGCCAUUCCGUUCAGUCCAAGUCUCUGAAUAAGAGCACUCGCAGUCUCAUCAAGCUCACACAAGAACGACGCACCCACUAUCAUCUGCGCGGCGAAAGCCCGAUCUCCGAUGAUGCUAUAGAGACUCUUGUUCAGAAUGCUACCAAGCACGUCCCCACGGCCUGGAACACACAAUCAUCCCGGGUUGUACUUUUAUUGAAAGAAGAGCACAAGAAGGUGUGGGAUAUUGCCAUUUCGGUCAUUGAGGGCCUCGUCCAAGCAGGCGUGGUCCCGAAGGAAAUGUUUGAGAAUUACACAAAGCCGAAAUUGGAAGCUUUCAAGGCUGCUUAUGGAACGGUUCUUCUCUUUGUGGACUACGAGUCUCUUGCUGCGACCAAGGAGAAAUAUGCCAUCUACGCGGACAAGGUCGAUACCUUUGCCUUGGAGGCGAACGCAAUGGCCGAGUAUUUGAUCUGGGUAUCCUUCCAUUCCGAAGGACUUGGAGCAAGUCUCCAGCAUUACAAUCCUUUAAUCGAUGAGCAAGUUGCAAAGUCUUGGGAUAUCCCCAGCACGUGGAAGCUAGAAGGUCAGAUUGUUUUCGGCACUCCAUCCGAAACUGAAAAGCUUGAAGAGAAAGAAUUCGACCCAAUCGAGUCCCGCUUUAGGGUAUAUGGGAAAUAA